UUCCGUACUAGUCGUCAGCUAGCGUCCUGUGGCUCUCGAGCUAGCGGUCUGUUUAGUUCUCCUGUCGCCGUGUGUGUUAUUGUUUGAUGAGGUGUGGAGGAAAGAGGAGAUGUGGUCCUUUUUCGCCAGGGAUCCGGUCAAAGACUUUGCUUAUGAAAUUCUUCCAGACGCAGAGGAGUCUGGAAUAUGGACUCUGCAUCGAGGGAAGCGGAAGACCAAUGGGGAGCCAGUGUCGGUGUUUCUGUACGAGUUGGCACAGGGAACAGAGCAGCAAACCCAGCUUGCCAAGGCUGCCUUCAAGCGUAUGAAGACCCUGCGUCACCCUAACAUCCUGGCUUAUGUGGAUGGAUUGGAGACCGAGAAGAGCCUGUACCUGGUUACUGAGCAGGUCACACCAUUGGCAGUCCACCUGAAGGCCCAGGCAGAGAAGGGGGGCUCUGGGGAACUGGAGGUCUCCUGGGGACUGCACCAGAUAGUGAAAGCUCUGAGUUUUCUGGUCAAUGACUGCCACCUGCUUCAUAACAACUUGGGUGUAUCGGCUGUUUUUGUGGAUCGAGCUGGGGAGUGGAAGCUUGGUGCCCUCGAUCAUGUGGCGCCUGAGCAAGGUGACCCAAGUGGGGUCUCACUCCCUACCCCAAAGGCUGUUUACCCAGACAUGGAGAGAUAUGACCCACCAGAGAUGUCCAACAACAGUGGAGAGAAAUGGGCAGGGGAGGUGUGGCGGCUUGGCUGCCUGAUCUGGGAGGUGUUUAACGGGUCACUGCCUCGCACGUCCUCACUUCGUUCACUGGGAAAGAUCCCCAAAGCCCUGGUCCCUCAUUACUGUGAGCUGGUGGGGGCCAACCCCCGAGCUCGGCCCAACCCAGCUCGCUUUCUCCAGAACUGUAGAGCCCCCGGAGGAUUUCUCAGUAACAGCUUUGUGGAGAGCAACCUUUUCCUGGAGGAGAUACAGAUCAAGGAGCCGGCUGAGAAGCAGCAGUUCUUCCAGGAUCUGAGUGACAAUCUGGACUCCUUCCCUGAAGAUUUCUGCAAACAUAAAGUCCUUCCUCAGCUGCUUACUGCCUUUGAGUUUGGCAAUGCAGGUGCUGUAGUCCUCACACCGCUCUUCAAGGUGGGGAAGUUUCUGUCGGCUGAAGAGUACCAACAGAAGAUUAUCCCUGUUAUCGUGAAGAUGUUCUCCUCCACAGACAGAGCUAUGAGGAUACGACUGCUGCAGCAGAUGGAGCAGUUCAUUCAGUAUCUGAAUGAUGCAGCAGUCAAUUCCCAGAUUUUCCCUCACGUUGUCCACGGCUUCACAGAUACCAACCCUGCCAUCAGAGAACAGACUGUCAAGUCUAUGUUGCUGAUGGCUCCCAAGCUGAAUGAGACCAACCUGAACCAGGAGCUGAUGCGCCACUUUGCCCGACUGCAGGCCAGAGACGAACAAGGCCCGAUCCGGUGCAACACCACCGUGUGCCUGGGCAAGAUCGCCUCCUACCUCAACGCAGGGACUCGACAACGUGUCCUGAUUUCUGCCUUUUCACGAGCAACUAAAGAUCCCUUCCCAGCUUCACGCUCCGCCGGUGUACUGGGCUUCGCCGCCACACACAACUUCUACAGCGUAACAGAGAUUGCCGCCCGCAUCCUCCCUACCCUCUGUGCCAUUACUGUUGACCCAGAUAAGGGCGUCAGGGACCAGGGAUUCAAAGCCAUCAAGAGUUUCCUUUCCAAGUUGGAAACUGUGUCAGAAGACCCCACCAAGCUGGCGGAUAUAGAAAAGGAUGUGGCGUCCUGUGCUCAGCCUGCAGGUGCGUCUUCCAGCUGGGCCGGCUGGGCUGUGACUGGCAUGUCCUCCAUAACUUCUAAACUGAUCCGCAAUGCUCCAGGGACAGAGGGCAGCGCAGCAGCUGAGGACAGCGACCCCGCCAAUGCCACAAGCCCUACCAGUGCCACAGAUGGAGCACCUGCACCUGAUUCUGAAGAGAAAACUCCCCAAGCCCCUGUGACUCAACAUGCUGCCACUAGCCGUGCCAACCAAUCACAGACUCAUGAAUUAACAUGCAACAAUGACGAGUCAAUAGGAGACCGCUGGGAUGAAGAGGAGGACUGGGGAAGUUUGGAGGCGCCAGAGAAAACUCCCACUGAGCCAGAUGACUGGAACAGUGACUGGUCAGGAAUGGCAUCAUCCAAAAAGAAAGCCAGUGACAAAGGAGUGGGCCGGUCGUCCUCCUCCAUGGCUGUGAAAAAGCAGAGCGCUGACUGGAGCAGCUCCGGCUGGGACGCAGACGACAGCUGGUCCAACGAGAAGGAAGGGCAGGGGCAGAGCUCUGCCGGCGAGGAAGGCUGGGGCAAUGACUGGGCGGAGGAGGACGCGGACACAACGUUGGCCAAUGCGACGCUGCCCUUGCCAGAAGGAGUUCGGUUAGCCAGCGAGUACAACUGGGACAGCAGCAACUCCGCCACCAAGGGGGCCAAUCAGAAUGAUCUGUUCGCCAGCGUGUCUCAGAGAAACCCAGCUGGCACUGCUGCCACCACGACUGGGGAUGGCUGGACUGCAGAGGCAACAGGAGACUGGGGAGCUGAAGAGAGCUGGGAGUCUGUGGAUGGGAACCAGGGUCUCAGCAAGGCCGAGCUUUCCAAGAAGAAACGGGAGGAGAGGAGGAAAGAGCUGGAGGCGAAACGGGCAGAUCGCAAAGCUGCUAAAGGUCCUCUUAAACUGGGCGCACGCAAACUGGACUGACAGGGCUGCAAAGACAGAUUUGAGGGUUGGGUUGGGUUGGAGAGGGAGGAACAUGGACCACAGGGACUGGACCCGGAGCAGUAGAUGGAGGCUUGAUAUUCCACAAACAAAGGACCAAGAAGAACCGUCAAAAGAAAACAUUACAGUUGGUUAGUACACUAGAUGACUGUCAGCGCUGGGAUUCCCUCUUUUACUUCAUUCAGGAACUGACAGAUGGGCCAAGAAGCAACAAUCCAGUCCUUUAUGAAUGCAUUAUUGUGGAGAGCUGAAACAAACAGAGACAGAAAAGUGGAAGAGCAGCACUCCCUGCAGCUCGAGGUGAUCACAUUAAAUACAUAACAUAACGUUACAUUUGUAAAAUAAAUGUAUAUAAAUACUGCAUCUUGUCUUAAAAUGACAUGAAGAAAUUACCUUUUUUUUUCUUUUAUUGAGAAAUAUAUAUAUAUACAUACAUACACGUAUAUAACAAUAUUUCAGAAUCAAACAUUUUUAAUAUAUUGAAUGUUUUUGAGCACACACACACACAGUGGAUAUGAAUGUUUUAGUUCAGCCGUCACUUACAGAUUUAAGACUAAAAAUCAACCCAUGCAUGCACUUGUGUAUUUUUAUUGCCUAACAAAAGGUUUCAUGGCACAGGAUUACAAAUAUGUUGUAUUUACUUUGCACAUUCAACACUGCAUUUUACUGUAGUAAACUGGCCAGAAAGGUGACACAUUUAA